AUGGAGGCCGCACCUGUGCUCGAUGGACACCCGUCCGCACCGACUGCGACGGCGCGAGUCGCGGUGGUAGGCGCGGGAAUCUCGGGGCUCGUCGCCGCGUCGAUACUCGCGGAGCGCGGGGCACACGUGGCGGUGUUUGAUUUGGGGAGGGGUCCCGGCGGUCGCAUGUCGCAGCGGAGGGAAAGCAUCACUGUUUCGCCACGUGUCAAUUCUGCCAAGUCAGCCGUCGACCUGCCGAACCUAGAGGCUAGGUUCGACCACGGCGCGCAGUACUUCACCAUCAGCGACCCGAACGUGCUGUCGUUCCUGGAUCAGAGGUUCGGAGGAACAGGGGCGAUGGCGGAAUGGCAGGGGCGGUUCGGAGUGUGGGAUGCGGAAAAAGGGGAAUUCACCCCAGAGGCGUUGGAGGACGCGGGGAGAGCGCAAGGGGGAGGAGAAUUGCACCAAGGGGAUAAUAUUGGUAAUAUAACCAAGAAGCGGUUUGUGGGGGUACCAGGAAUGAACGCCCUCUGUCAGACGCUGCUUCUCCCCUCACCCGCGGCUUCCGCCGCAACCAUCAACGCUAGAUUCGGCGUCCAGGUGGCAAGAGCGGAUUGGCUAGAGCACAAAAACCCUGCAGGAGUCUCUGAUGUAGACGAGGCCACCCCUCUCCCUCCGUUAUGGGAGCUUUUUUCGGCUUCCGGAGAUUCCCUAGGGUGUUUCCACGGCCUGGUCAUUGCUGCGGCAUACCGAACCAUGCCUGUGGUCCUCCCUGACCUGCCGAGCCUAGCUCAGGCUCGGCAGGGCCUGGCGCAGGUCCGGGCGUCGCCCAGGUUCGCGAUGAUGCUGGCGUUCGCCGAGCCUCUGAGCCACAUGGCGUUUGAUGGCGUGGAUGUGGUGGGGAGUGACGUGGUGGGGUGGAAUGGGCGGGAUAGCAGCAAGCCAGGCAGGGCAAGAAGAGACGGAGGGCAAGAAAGAGCAGACGAGUGCAGAGCAGACCAGAGCAGAGAAGACCAGAGCAGAGCAGGAGAAGGGUACCAAGAGCAGCAGUAUGCAGAGUGCUGGGUGGUUCACUCAACGCCUCACUACGCCUCCUCCCUCCUCGCCUCUGCUCCCCCUGGCCGCCCCUCCCCAGAGCUCCUUGCACGCGUGGCAGAUGACAUGUGGCGCGCUGUCAAGCCGAUCGUGGGUGGUGGCAGUGGGAGAGGAGCUGGUGAGAGAGUGGGAGCAGUGGAGGGGAAGGAAGGUUCAGAGCCGGUUCUUAGCAAAGUGCACCGGUGGGGAGGGGCGUUCCCUGUCGCGGGGGUGACUGCAGCAGGGGAGAAGUGUCUGUGGAGCGAGGAGGGCAGGGUGGCUGCGUGUGGGGAUUUCUGUGUGGGAGGGCCUGUGAGAGGCUUGGUGGAAGGCGCUGUGGCUAGUGGCAUGGAGGCAGGGCGUAAACUGGGCGAUGCUCUCCGGCUGAGAAGAAGUGCAUUGUGA